CAUGACGAUUUGUGAGAUGGGACGAGAGUCUGCCAUAUAGAGAAGCCACCCCUGGGCGUCAAGUCAAAUAAUCAAGUGAAGUUGCUGUCUACCUCGGGGCAUGGAAAGAUAGGGGUAAUGUGAAGACACGCACGUGACGUGAGUCUCUUGAACAUAUAAACCCCGCCAUCGCCCUCCCAUCCCCUUUCCAACUUGAUUCACCUUUCCACAUCUGACCUCAGCCAAACUUCAUCACCAAACCUCAUUCAACAAGACGGUUGAUACAUUCUAUAGUCUUUAUACUUGAAUGCCGUUUCUUGAAACACGAGGGUUAAAAGAACGUUAUGUUCUCAACGGUGCAAAACUUUAUUCACACUCUCACGACCAGCCCCGAGCAGCGUUAUCUCGAUGCGGCAACUCGCGAGACAGUCUGCGCCGGUCUAGAAAAACUACUCGUUGACGAGAAGUUUCAUCCCUGGCAGGAGCGCGAGCGGCUUAGGUCCAUAUUUAGCAAUUACGCAAUUGCGAUAAAAGAGAAGCCGGAGGAAAAACUUUGGGAUGAGUCCAGCUUCCGCAAUUUCAUACGGGCCGCAUACCCCGCGUCCAUCAUCCCAGAGCCCCAGAUUCAGCUGCUAUGGCGAUGUUUCAACUUCUACGCGCGGCACCCGUUCCCUAUCAGGACUCUACAGCUCAAAGAAAACGUCAUCACGCUGUCGCAAUUCCAGCGCGGCGUGCUACUGACUGCAUACCAAUGUGACGCAUACCUCGGCACGCGCGACGCGUUGCAGUAUUUCGCUCGUGAAGAUGGCGUUGAACACGCACGGGCCGCCGGCUUCGCGCGCUUAUUUUCUAGUGUCGCGGGCUCCGUUGUCGAGACACCGGAGACGGAGGAGCAAAAAGCUGAUGCGUUUGGUGCGGCUGUGGAUGACUGCAUGGGUGUCCUCGCCAUGAUCGGGCCACAGAGAAUCCAUCACUCUCCCUCGACACAGACACUCGAGGCCGCAGCGCAGAGGUUGUGCGGAAAGGACGGGAUACAACGUGCUGUCUACCGCCCGUCGCUAGUCGAGCGGGAGCAGCUGUCUCUACUCAUCGAUCUCCUGCUGCGCUUGCGCCUAGGGGAUAAGAGAUGGGGACUGGACGUCUUCUCUACCGGUCGCUUCGCCGAAACUGGAGAUACCGACAUGAUGAGGGGUUUGGCGGAUUAUCUGGCAGGGAGUAAUGAAGGGGAGCAAAUCACGGUGAAGCGUUUGUCUCAAGCGGAGAAACGGCUGCCCAAUCUCAUGCUGCGGUUCCAACAGCUUUGGCAAGUCCUGUUCCAGCCUCCUCAGACUCAACUUAGUGCAACAGUGGAAGCGAAAGAGGAUCUGGGAAUGGGUGCGGCCCUGUCACUGUUUGCACCCGAGAUCGAUCCAGACAUCGUCAGGAGUAGUGACAGAGGCCGCAGCACCAGGGUGGUCCUAGAAGAGGCCAAGUCCCAAUCUCAGUCCAGCAGCAUAAGUCGCCGAUUGGCCCAAACACUCACGAGCCCCGAGUCUUCGCACAUCGUCAUAUUCUCCACGGGACCAGAUGUCACUCCCAAGAUUGUAGUCGGAGUCUACAUGCCCGCCCCUUCUUCUCCCCCAUCAGUCGGCAGACGGAUAUUUUUCCAGCUCCAGCCCACAUUCCGACAACUGCGGUGGAAGAAAGGGGGCACGUCGCUCCUCGAUUUGAUCAAAGCUGCGGCAGCUGAUGAUGAUGCGCCUCAUUGGAUCGGCGAUUCCACAGGCUCAGGCGCAGGUUUGCGCCUCGAUUCUCUGGAGAAUACGGUUACUUUAAGGUACAGCGCCGAAAGCUCGUUCGUUGAUGUCGUGGGCUUUGGCGGGGAACGCGAGCGGGGAGAGAGUUGGGAGGUGACGAUUCAUGAUCCGAAAUUGUACUUUUAUAUCGCCAAGUAAUGCUUCUAGUAUGGAAAGGGUGUCAGGAAUGCUGCCUGAUGUUAUUAUACUAUUCUUGUGAAUGAACGAACUAAAAUCAAACGAUUCCAAUCGUGCAAGGGCGACAGGGACAAUGGUGAUAGAGGCACUUAAAUGUUAGCACAGGUCGACGCUAACUAAAUAAGGUACCUAUAUCGCAUUAUUUAUUGACAUAUCCUUUAUUCUAACAGGUUCGACUGUUCCGUUUUUCUUAAUACGGUACUUUAAUAGGUCAACAUGCCGAUGGCAAAACGGAGGCCCGGCGGCUACGAGGUGGACCGCACCGCUACAACCCGCACAAUAAGUUAGCAUAGACUUUCGUGCUGAGUUCCUUAUAUUGCAGUAGAAUCGUAAUAUUCCUCUAUCCUGGUUUGAAUGUAGAUGAGCGUUUUGCAGCUAGCUUAUCAAGAGAUAAAGUUCGCAAUGUGACGAGAAUAG